UACAUUGUAUCCACAAGUGUGCUUGAAUUGUGUUCUAAAUUGUCAAAUAAAUCAAAUAAAGUCAUGGGAAAGCAAAAUAAUCUCAUUUGAAAUAAGUGGUUUUGGAAGUAAAAAAAAAGUAUUUCCAUCUCUCUCUGUCUCUGUCUCUGUCUCUGUCUCUGUCUCUGUCUCUGUCUCUUUCUCUGCCUGUCUCUCUCCUCUCCUCUCCUCUCCUCUCCUCUCCUCUCCUCUCCUCUCCUCUCCUCUCCUCUCCUCUCCUCUCCUCUCCUCUCCUCUCCUCUCCUCUCCUCUCCUCUCCUCUCCUCUCCUCUCCUCUCCUCUCCUCUCCUCUCCUCUCCUCUCCUCUCCUCUCCUCUCCCCAGGCUCACGCUGCAGCGUGGCACCUCUACGACCGCCAAUACCGGCCCCAGCAGCAGGGGAAGGUUUCAAUGGCGCUGGCCUCCCAUUGGAUCAAGCCCAGCAGGACGCGCCGUGAGAGCCUGCGGGCGUGCCAGUGGUCCCUUGACUUUGUGUUGGGCUGGUUCGCCAGACCCCUCUUCACUGAUGGAGACUACCCCCCCAGCAUGAAGCACAACCUGUCCCAACGCCUGCCGAACUUCACACAGGCACGUAGAAUAGAAUAGGCCCUGAAUUAUUCUCCAUCCCAAAUGGCACCCUAUAUCCUUUAAAGUGCACUACUUUUGAUCAGGAUCCAUAGACCCUAUUUCCUUUAAAGUCCACUACUUUUGAUCAGGAUCCAUAGACCCUAUUUCCUUUAAAGUCCACUACUUUUGAUCAGGAUCCAUAGACCCUAUUUCCUUUAAAGUCCACUAAUUUUGAUCAGGAUCCAUAGACCCUAUUUCCUUUAAAGUCCACUAAUUUUGAUCAGGAUCCAUAGACCCUAUUUCCUUUCAAAAGUUAUAUUAUAUUCUUAUUCUAUUUUGCAACAAAAUUUCUCCUCUCCUCUCCUCUCCUCUCCUCUCCUCUCCUCUCCUCUCCUCUCCUCUCCUCUCCUCUCCUCUCCUCUCCUCUCCUCUCCUCUCCUCUCCUCUCCUCUCCUCUCCUCUCCUCUCCUCUCCUCUCCUCUCCUCUCCUCUCCUCUCCUCUCCUCUCCUCUCCUCUAUCCAGGCAGAGAUGGAGGAGGUGAAGGGGACUGCAGACUUCUUUGCUCUGUCGCACGGUCCUUCUCUGAGCUACCAGCUGAUUGACGACAGUCUCAAAUUUGGCCAGAUUGAAGUUCUGGACCUGAGGAUGCUGCUAUAUUGGAUCAGAGCAGAGUAUGACAACCCACCCAUCUACAUAGUGGAGAGUGGCUGGUAGGUUAACGUUACUGUUGAUGUGUUGGGUUGUGUCGUGUUAUGGAAAUAUACCACAACGCAGGCUGUGAUAUGGAUGAGAUGCAGCUGAGGGUUGUGAUGUUGUGAUAUGUCAUGUUGUGAUAUGUCAUGUUGUGAUAUGUCAUGUUGUGAUAUGUUAUGAACUAAUAACUGUUACUACUACAUAACAACACAGGGUUGUCCAGGGAGAGGUCAAGACAGAGGAUACAGAGCUCGCCAGCUUGUAAUCCUAUAAAACGGAAAUUAGUUAUUAUUAUUUUUAUUUUAUUUAUUUAUAUCAACUAUAUUUAACCAGGUAUAGCCAGUUGAAGAACAAGUUCUCAUUUACAACUGCGACCUGGCCAAGAUAAAGCAAAGCAGUGUGGUAAAAACAACAACAACACAGAGUUACAUAUGGAAUAAACAAAACAUACAGUCAAUAACAAAAUAGAAAAUCUAUAUACAGUGUGUGCAAAUGUAGCAAGUUAUGGAGGUAAGGCAAUAAAUAGGCUAUAGUGCAAAAUAAUUACAAUUAUAAUUUAGUAUUAACGCUGGAGUGAUAGAUGUGCAGAAGAUGAUGUGCAAAUAGAGAUACUGGGGUGCAAAUGAGCAAAAUAAAUAACAAUGUAAAUAGCAAUAUGGGGAUGAGGUAGUUGGGUGGGCUAAUUACAGAUGGGCUGUGUACAGGUGCAGUGAUCGGUAAGCUGCUCUGACAACUGAUGCUUAAAGAUAGUGAGGGAAAUAAGUGUCUCCAGCUUCAGAGAUUUUUGCAGUUCGUUCCAGUCAUUUGCAGCAGAGAACUGGAAGGAAUGGCGGCCAAAGGAGGUGUUGGCUUUGGGAAUGACCAGUGAGAUAUACCUGCUGGAACGCAUACUACUGGUGGGUGUUGCUAUGGUGACUAAUGAGCUAAGAUAAGGCGGGGAUUUGCCUAGAAUAUUGGGCAAGUUGCAGCGAAGGGUGCAGAGCUGGUGGCCGGGGUAGGGGUAGCCAGGUGGAAAGCAUGGCCAGCCGUAGCAAAAUGCUUGUUGACAUUUUCGAUUAUCGUAGAUUUAUCGGUAGUGACAGUGUUUCCUAGCCUCAGUGCAGUGGCUAGCUGGGAGGAGGUGCUCUUAUUCUCCAUGGACUUUACAGUGUCCCAAAACUUUUUGUAGUUAGUGCUACAGGAUGCAAAUUUCUGUUUGAAAAAGUUAGCCUUUGCUUUCCUAACUGAUUGUGUAUAUUGGUUCUUGACUUCCCUGAAAAGUUGCAUAUCGCGGGGGCUGUUCGAUGCUAAUGCAGUACGCCACAGGAUGUUUUUGUGCUGGUCAAGGGCAGUCAAGUCUGGGGUGAACCAGGGGCUAUACCUGUUCUUAGUUCUGAAUUUUUUCAAUGGGGCAUACUUAUUUAAGAUGGAGAGGAAAGCACUUUUAAAGAACAACCAGGCAUCCUCUACUGACGGAAUGAGGUCAAUAUCCAUCCAGGAUACCCGGGCCAGGUCAAUUAGAAAGGCCUGCUCGCUGAAGUGUUUUAGGGAGCUUUUGACAGUGAUGAGGGGUGGUCGUUUGACCGCGGACCCAUUACGGACGCAGGCAAUGAGGCAGUGAUUGCUGAGAUCCUGGUUGAAGACAGCGGAGGUGUAUUUAGAGGGUAAAUUAGUCAGGAUGAUAUCUAUGAGCGUGCCCAUGUUAACGGAUUUAGGGUUGUACCUGGUAGGUUCCUUGAUAAUUUGUGUGAGAUUGAGGGCAUCUAGUUUAGAUUGUAGGAUGGCCUGGGUGUUAAGCAUAUCCCAGUUUAGGUCACCAAGCAAUAUGAACUCCGAGGCUAGAUGGGGGGCAAUCCAUUCACAUAUGGUGUUCAGGGCCCAGCUGGGGGCUGAGGGGGGUCUGUAGCAAGCGGCAACAGUGAGAGACUUAUUUCUGGAAAGGUGGAUUUUUAGAAGUAGAAGCUCAAACUGUUUGGGCACAGACCUGGAUAUUAUGAUAGAGCUCUGCAGGCUAUCUCUACAGUAGAUUGCAACUCCGCCCCCUUUGGCAGUUCUAUCUAGACGGGAAAUGUUGUAGUUGGGAAUGGAAAUGUCAGAUAAGCCAGGAUUCAGACACUGCUAGAACAUCAGGGUUGGCGGAGUGUGCUAACGCAGUGAAUAACUCAAACUUAGGGAGGAGGCUUCUGAUGUUAACAUGCAAAAAAACAAGGCUUUUGCGGUUACAGAAGUCAACAAAUGAUAGCGCCUGGGGAGCAGGAGUGAUACUGGGGGCUACAGGGCCUGGGUUAACCUCUACAUCACCAGAGGAACAGAGGAGGAGUAGAAUAAGGAUACGGCUAAAGGCUUUAAGAACUGGUCUUCUAGUGCGUUGGGUACAGAGAACAAAAGGGUCAGAUUUCUGGGCGUUGUAGAAUAGAUUCAGGGCAUUAUGUACAGACAAGGAUAUGGAAGUAUAUGAGUACAGUGGAGGUAAACCUAAGCGUUGGGUAAAGAUGAAAGAGAUAGCAUCACUGGAGGCACCGAUUGAGUCGGUCUCCGCGUGUAUGGAGGGUGGGACAAAGGAGAGCUAUCUGAGGCAGGUUGAGCUGGACUUGGGGCUCUACAUUGAAAAAGUACAGUUAGAACUAACCGAAACAGCAAUAGGCAAGGCAUAUUGACAUGGGAGAGAGGCAUAAAGCAAUCACAGGUGCUAUUCGAGAGAGCUAAGACAACAGCUGGUAAUGGCGACGAAAGUUUGAGCUGAGGCUAAACAGGAUGGGGUACCGUAUAAAGGAACAGUCCAGCAGGCAUCAGCUGUGUAGCUGAGUGAUCAUAAGGUCCAGUGAACAGCACUAAGUGAGUCCGGGAGCAGUUCAGUGGCUGCUACGCUACAGGCGAGCUGGAGGCACGGCUGUUGAUUGCGUGUGCUAGCGGGCCGGGGCUAGCAGAUGGAUCUUCGUGGUCGUCGCAACGGGAAGCCUGUUGAAACCACAUCAGAUGAUUACGUCGGCAGACCAGUCGUGAUGGAUCAGCGGGGCUCCGUGUCAACACCAGGAGGUCCCGUCCGGUUGACAGAGAGGUAGAUAGCCGGGAGAUGGGCCUGGCUCGAGGCUAGCUCAAGGCUAACUGGGGUUAGCUUCAGGACAGUGGUGAUUAGCCAACACGACAACAGCCAUUCGGUUGCAGCUAGCUAGUUGCGAUGAUCCGGUGUUAAGGUCCAGUGAUUCAGUGAUUCCGGCAGAAAGUCCGAUAUGCUCUGGGUCGAUAGGUAGUGCAGGCCACGGCCACGGACAAUGGUGAAGACCGCUAACGGUGGCUAAUAGCAAGUAGCUAGUUGGCUGGCUAGCUGGCUAGUUUCAGUCCAGAGGUUCUGGAUAAAAAUUUAUGAAGAAACAACAGAAUCUGUUCCACAUUGGGUGAGGCGGGUUGCAGGAAAUUAUAUUUAGUUAAAGGAUGGAAAGUGAGAUUGAGAAAUAUAUACGAAAAACACAAAAAAAACUAAAAACAGGCUAUUUACAUGAGGACACUACAGAAAACACGACCGCACUGCUAUGCCAUCUUGGAUUUACAUUUACAUUUACAUCAUCUUAUCCAGAGCGACUUACACGUUCAGCCAUUCUUAUGGGGAAAUUAAUGGGGUUUUGGGAUAAACUAAAAUAACAUCUGAGGUUAAUACAGGUUUAAGAUAUCAUAUAUGUUUUGUUCUAUGAGGUAAUAUCAGUCAGUUAACAUGACCUUUAUGAAUUAUGAAGCCUUUAUGUGUCUAAUGUGCUUCUGUUGAUUACAGUGCAUUCAGAAAGCAUUCAGAAAGUAUUCAGACCCCUUGACCUUUUCCACAUUUUGUUACGUUACAGCCUUAUUCUAAAAUGGAUUAAAUAAAUACAAAUCCUCAUUAAUCUUCACACAAUACCACAUAAUAACAAAGUGAUACCAGGUUUUUAGACAUUUUCUGCAAAUGUAUUAAAAUAAAAUACUGAAAUACCUUAUGUACGUAAGUAUUCAGACCCUUUGCAAUGAGACUCGAAAUUGAGCUCAGGUGCAUCCUGUUUCCAUUGAUCAUCCUUGAGAUGUUUCUACAACUUUAUUGGAGUCCACCUGUGGUAAAUUCAAUUGAUUGGACAUGAUUUGGAAAGGCACACACCUGUCUCUAUGUUGUCCCACAGUUGACAGUGCAUGUCAGAGCAAAAAACAAGCCAUGAGGUUGAAGGAAUUGUCCGUAGAGCUCUGAGACAGGAUUGUGUUGAGGCACAGAUCUGGGAAAGGGUACCAAAAAUGUCUGCAGCAUUGAAGGUCCCCAAGAACACAAUGGCCUCCAUCAUUCAUAAAUGGAAGAAGUUUGGAACCACCAAGACUCUUCCUAGAGCUGGCUGCCCGGCCAAACUGAGCAAUCGGGGGAGAAGGACUUUGGUCAGGGAGGUGACCAAGAACCUGACGGUCACUCUGACAGAGCUCCAGAGUUUCUCUGUGGAAAUGGGAGAACCUUCCAGAAGGACAACCAUCUCUGCAGCACUCCACCAAAUCAGGCCUUUAUGGUGGAGUGGCCAGACGGAAGCCACUCCUCAGUAAAAGCCACAUGACAACUUGGAGUUUGCCAAAAGGCACCUAAAGACUUUCAGACCAUGAGAAACAAGAUUCUCUGGUCUGAUGAAACCAAGAUUGAACUCUAUGGCCUGAAUGCCAAGCGUCACGUCUGGAGGAAACCUGGCACCAUCCCCACGGUGAAGCAUGGUGGUGGGAGCAUCAUGCUGUGGGGAUGUUUUUCAGCAGCAGGGACAGGGAGACUAGUCAGGAUCGAGGGAAAGAUGAACGGAGCAAAGUACAGUGGGAUCCUUGAUGAAAACCUGCUCCAGAAUGCUCAGGACCUCAGACUGGGGCCAAGGUUCACCUUCCAACAGGACAAUGGGUUCUGGCUGGGCCACUCAAGGACAUUCAGCCACUCCUGUGCUUAGGGUCGUUGUCCUGUUGAACGGUGAACCUUCGCCCCCCAGUCUGAGGUCCUGAGCGCUCUGGAGGAGGUUCCUUCGACCUCAUGGCUUGGUUUUUGCUCUGACAUGCACUGUCAACCGUGGGACCUUACAGUCGUGGUCAAAAAGUUUUGAGAAUGACACAAGUAUUGGUCUUCACAAAGUUCGCUGCUUCAGUGCUAUGAGAUAUUUUUGUCAGAUGUUACUAUGAUAUACUGAAGUAUAAUUACAAGCAUUCCAUAAGUGUCAAAGGUUUUUAUUGACAAUUACAUUAAGUUUAUGCAAAGAGUAAAUAUUUGCAGUAUUGACCCUUCUUUUUCAAGACCUCUGCAAUCCGCCCAGGCAUGCUGUCAAUUAACUUAUGGGCCUCAUCCUGACUGAUGGCAGCCCAUUCUUGCAUAAUCAAUGCUUGGAGUUUGUCAGAAUUUGUGGGGUUUUGUUUGUCCACCCGCCUCUUGGGGAUCGACCACAAGUUCUCAAUGGGAUUAAGGUCUGGGGAGUUUCCUGGCCGUGGACCCAAAAUGUUGAUGUUUUGUUCCCCGAGCAACUUAGUUAUCACUUUUGCCUUAUGGCAAGGUGCUCCAUCAUGCUGGAAAAGGCAUUGGUCGUCACCAAACUGUUCUUGGAUGGUUGGGAGAAGUUGCUCUCGGAGGAUGUGUUGGUUCCAUUCUUUAUUCAUGGCUGUGUUCUUAGGCAAAAUUGUGAGUGAGCCCACUCCCUUGGCUGAGAAGCAACCCCACACAUGAAUGGUCUCAGGAUGCUUUACUGUUGGCAUGACACAGGACUGAUGGUAACGCCCACCUUGUCUUCUCCGGACAAGAUGUUUUCCGGAUGCCCCAAACAAUCGGAAAGGGGAUUCAUCAGAAAAAAUGACUUUACCCCAGUCCUCAGCAGUCCAAUCCCUGUACCUUUUGCAGAAUAUCAGUCUGUCCCUGAUGUUUUUCCUGGAAAGAAGUGGCUUCUUUGCUGCCCUUCUUGACACCAGGCCAUCCUCCAAAAGUAUUUGCCUCACUGUGCGAGCAGAUACACUCACACCUGCCUGCUGCCAUUCCUGAGCAAGCUCUGCACUGGUGGUGCCCCGAUCCCGCAGCUGAAUCAACUUUAGGAGUCGGUACUGGCGAUCCGAUAAAUGGUUGAUUUAGGUGCAAUCUUACUAGCAGCAAUAUCCUUGCCUGUGAAGCCCUUUUUGUGCAAAGCAAUGAUGACGGCACGUGUUUCCUUGCAGGUAACCAUGGUUAAUAGAGGAAGAACAAUGAUUUCAAGCACCACCCUCCUUUGAAAGCUUCCAGUCUGUUAUUCUAACUCAAUCAGCAUGACAGAGUGAUCUCCAGCCUUGUCCUCGUCAACACUCUCACCUGUGUUAACGAGAGAAUCACUGACAUGAUGGCACCUGGUCCUUUUGUGGAGGGCUGAAAUGCAGUGGAAAUGUUUUUUUAGAUUAAGUUCAUUUUCAUGGCAAAGAGGGACUUUGCAAUUAAUUGCAAUUCAUCUGAUCACUCUUCAUGACAUUCUGGAGUAUAUGCAAAUUAGCAUAAUCAAAACUGACGCAGCAGACUUUGUGAAAAUGUGUAUUUGUGUCAUUCUCAAAACUUUUGACCACGACUGUAUAUAGACAGGUGUGUGCCUUUACAAAUAAUGUCCAAUCAAUUGAAUUUACCACAGGUGGACUCCAAUUAAGUUGUAGAAACAUCUCAAAGAUGGUCAAUGGAAACAGGAUGCACCUGAGCUCAAUUUCGAGUCUCAUAGCAAAGGGUCUGAAUACUAAUGAAAAUAAGGUAUUUCUGUUUUUUAUUUGUAAUACAUUUGCAAAACAUGUUAUGAACUGUAGUCUAUGUUCUAAACUUUAGUCUAUGUUAUGAUCUAUAGUCUGUUAUGAACUGUAGUCUAUUUUAUGUUAUGAACUGUAGUCUAUGCUAUGAACUGUAGUGUGUUAUGACUGUAGUCUAUGUUCUGAACUGUAGUCUAUGUUAUGAACUGUAGUUUAUGUUAUGAACUGUAGUUUAUGUUCUAAACUUUAGUCUAUGUUAUGAUCUGUAGUCUGUUAUGAACUGUAGUUUAUGUUAUGAACUGUAGUCUGUUAUGUUAUGAACUGUACUAAUACCUGUAAUUACUACAUAACACCAGGUUUGUCCAGGGAGAGAUCAAGACAGAGGACUCUAAGAACAUGUUCUACCUGAAAAGGUUCAUUAUGGAGACCCUGAAAUGUGAGUAGCAUUAAAUAACACACCUGACCUGAAAUAGUACCCUAUUAGCUAUAGCCCCCUCGCUCUCCUUCUCUGCUGACCAGGGGCCCCCUCGCUCUCCUUCUCUGCUGACCAGGGCCCCCUCGCUCUCCUUCUCUGCUGACCAGGGCCCCCUCGCUCUCCUUCCCUGCUGACCAGGGCCCCCUCGCUCUCCUUCUCUGCUGACCAGGGCCCCCUCGCUCUCCUUCUCUGCUGACCAGGGCCCCCUCGCUCUCCUUCUCUGCUGACCAGGGCCCCCUCGCUCUCCUUCUCUGCUGACCAGGGCCCCCCUCGCUCUCCUUCUCUGCUGACCAGGGCCCCCUCGCUCUCCUUCUCUGCUGACCAGGGCCCCCCUCGCUCUCCUUCUCUGCUGACCAGGGCCCCCUCGCUCUCCUUCUCUGCUGACCAGGGCCCCCCUCGUUCUCCUUCUCUGCUGCUCUAUAUCCACCCAUCACUUUCAUCCUCCUCCUCCACCUCCUCCUCCUCAUCCUCCUCCUCAUCCUCCUCCUCCUCCUCCUCCACCCCCUGUCUCUGA